GAGAGAGAGAGAGUGAUGAUGGCGGAGGAAGAUCGGCGCUGAGCGCAUCUUUAUAUAAUUGCGUUCACUGAGGUUAUUGCAAUUAUAAAACAUAAUCGGCCUGCUCGCUAGAUCCAGCCAUGGGUAACGAGGCGAGCAUGGAGGGCGGUGAAGGGGCCGCUAUGGUGGGGAUGUCGGUUUCAGCACCGAGCUCUGGACAGCUCCUGAAGCCCGUCAAUGGCGCGGCGGCCGGCGCUGGAGCAUCCCUCGAACCCAAGGCGGGGGUGAAUAGGCUGGCUGGAGGGGGAGGCCCACCAUCAAGCCCAAAACUAGGCUAUGGAACCGGUAGUGAUCGAGGGCCAGGUGGUGACUUUGGCAUGGGCGGCAUUAAAGCAAGUGGAAACCCUUACAAAAAGCCAGUCCAUGAUGGACCUAGACAUUCCCAGACUUCUUCUACACAUCAAUCUCAAAUUCAAGCUUCAUCAGGGGGCAUGGGACCCAACCAAAGCCCUGGACAACAUGCCUCCAGACGCAACCUCCAGGUGGACUUCAGCAGCAGUAGUGGUCGAACAGGCCGCUCACCGUCAGUGUCUCCCGAUAGAGCUAGUGCACCAACUUCACCAUACUCAGUACCCCAGAUUGCACCGAUGCCAAGCAGUAAGCUCUGUCCAGUUUGCAAUACUACAGAGUUGACAAAUUUUGAUGGGUCACCAAACUUCAACAAGUGUACACAGUGCCACACUACAGUGUGCAACCAGUGCGGCUUCAACCCCAACCCACACCUUGCAGGGGUCAACGAGUGGCUCUGUUUAAACUGCCAGAUGCAGCGGGCUUUGGGAAUAGACAUGACAACACCACGUUCUAAGAGUCAGCAGCAGAUACAUUCUCCUUCUCAUCAACCUAAGGCUGACCCCAUACCCAAGACCCAACCCUCAGCUCAUCCCACGCCGCAGCUACAAACCCAAAACCAGACACCGAUGAAAAUUCAGCCUCAGCCUCAGACUCAAACCCAAGCUUUCCAGAAACAGAUGGGUCCUACUGGACCUAACCAGACUGGACUUCACAGUGGGCCACAAACUAGUCUCCAGACACAAAAAGAACAACCACAAGCAGGAAAUACACAAUCAGGUUCCCAGUCAGGGCCCAAGAAUACCCAGAGACAACGAGGCGAGGUAUUGGGACCAAAAAGUCCAGAAAGGGUGGCCCAAACAGGCCGGAUUCCUCAUCCAGGGGCAGUGCCUUUACCUGGCUUAGCAAAGGCACAAUCACAGUCUGAUCUGGGGCGCAGCACUCCAGUACGGUUUGGAGGUCAACCCGAUAAGACCCGAAGUGCUGGAAGCUCCCCGGCUCAUCACCCAACAUCCCACGAGGCUCCUCAAGAUGGUUUAACUAAGCUGUUUGGUUUUGGGGCAUCUCUUCUAAAUCAGGCAAGCACCCUUAUUUCUGUUGAUCCUCUUCCUGGAUCCUCACCGCACCCCUCGCCUGCCCGUAACCAGAGUGCCCAGGGGACAAAGGUGAUUUUUAGUGAUGCUAAUGCUGGAGCUAGUGCUAAAACUAAUGCAGGGCCACCCGGCACUGCCAAAACAGGCCCAGGCGGAGUGACAUUCCCCAAAGGUCCUGGAGCCCAUCUCCAAAAACAGCCUCUGCAGCAGCAGUCACCAGUGCAUCAUCAAAAAGGGCUGAAACAACAGCAGUCGCCGACACACCAUCAAACAACACCGCAGCAGCAGCAGUCACCGCUAAAGCAGCCUCCACCUCAGCCAGUUAGUCAGAAACCAGACGUUACCUGCCCACUAUGCAAGACUGCUUUCAAUGUUGGAACAACAGAUCCACCAAACUACAGGUCAUGCACCCAAUGUCAUACAGAGGUGUGCAAUCUUUGUGGUUUCAAUCCCACACCACAUCUGGUGGAGUGGUCUCAGCCAAGGAAGGCCAUGACAUUCACAAGAGCACAGGAGAAGCGAAAACGGUCCCCAUGCCGUCAACCAGCGGGUUCACCUCGGCAUCAACAACUUUCCAGCAAGCAGCAGCAAGGGCUUCAGACAAUGUCAUCACAGCAGAAACCUCCUGUUUCUCAACAGAGUGAUUUCUCUUCCCCCAUAGCCAGACCAGCAAGCGAUAUAAAAACUUUUACACAGCCUGUUACAGCUACAAAACCUCCUGUGUCUACCACUGCUGCAUUUGCUGGUAAAGAAGAGAGGAAGGAAACUGCACCCAAACUAGAUAAAGGGCCUGACCCUGGUGAUAGAGACAAUAAACCAACUCAAAAGAGAGGAACAACAGAGUCAAUACAGACGCCUUCUAAAGAUGAAAAGAAAGAAUUACAGAGUAUUACCAAAUACUAUGAGGAAACCAGCAAGACAAACAGCAAUCAUGACCUAUCACGAAGUCCACAGAGUUUGAGUGAUACUGGCUAUUCCUCGGAUGGAAUCUCCAGUUCACAUAGUGAAAUUACUGGCCUUAUCCAGGAGGAAGAGCUAAAAAUGAGCGAGAGAGGUCUGACUGGACACCAUACACCACCAAGUCCAUCUGAGCUGAUUAAGCUGGAGAGCUCCAUGCGACCUCUUCUAGAGUCUAAAUUUUCAUCUGAAGGGGAAAGAGCACAGGACAAGAAGCGUGGAAAACAGCAACAUGGUGACAUCAGGAAACAUCAGUCUCGCUCAAUAUCAAUUAGUCCAGAGGAAUAUGACUCAGAUGAGGACUUUGAAGGCAUUAUGGAAGAGGAGGAAGAUCCAGCUGAGGAAGAGCUUAGAGCAAUUGCUGCUUUAGGGGAUAACAGUAGCCAUAAAAAAAGAAAUUUAGAACCUGAAGAGAUUACCGAUGAGGAGUUUAUGAGAAGGCAAAUUAUGGAGAUGAGUGCUGAUGAGGAGAAUGAGGAUGAAGAUGAAGAAGAGGAAAUGGAAGAAGAGGAUGAUGAUGAGGAUGAAGGCUAUGGCUACAAAAAGCUAAAAAAGACUCAAAAGCACAUCAGUGACUCAGGAAAAGAAAAGCGCCGUCUAACUUAUCACUCUAGUAGCUUUGAGGAGGAUAGUAAAACAACUAGUGAUGUAUACAAAGGAUCAGCUGAAGAGGACCUCAUGGCCUCGCAAGGAGGCUUACGCAGAUUUAAGACCAUAGAAUUGAACAACACUAACAGUUAUAGUCGAGACAUGGAGUUAAACAAUGACAAUGACCUGAGUCUCGACCGAGAGCCUGAGCUGGAGAUGGAAAGCCUCACUGGUUCUCCAGAAGAACAGUCAAGAGGGGAAUAUUCCUCCACCCUCCCACCAACCACCUCUAGCUAUACCUCAGGGAUAUCCCCUACUUCCAUAUCAUCCAUGGAAGAUGACAGUGACAGUAGUCCUAGUCGAAGGCAGCAGCUGGAGGAGGCAAAGCAGCAGAGGAAGGCCAGACAUCGCUCCCAUGGCCCUCUCCUUCCUACCAUUGAGGAUUCCUCAGAAGAAGACGAAUUGAGGGAAGAAGAAGAACUUCUAAGGGAGCAGGAAAAGAUGAGAGAAGUGGAGCAGCAGAGAAUACGAAGCACUGUCCGGAAAACGAAACGUGACAAAGAAGAGCUAAGAGCACAAAGGCGCAGAGAACGAUCCAAGACUCCCCCAAGCAAUCUAUCCCCCAUUGAGGAUGCUUCGCCAACAGAGGAGCUAAGACAGGCAGCCGAGAUGGAGGAACUCCACCGGUCCUCUUGCUCAGAAUACUCUCCUUCAGCUGACUCAGAUGCUGAGGGCUAUGAAAUUUCAUCAAAGCUGUACAAAUCUGGUAGUGAGUAUAACCUACCAACCUAUAUGUCACUUUAUUCUCCUACUGAAAAACCACAAACUACAUCAUCUACAGCUGCUAUAACAACUUCCUCUAGUGGCAAACAAUUAAAAAGUGCAGAAGAAGUAUAUGAAGAAAUGAUGAGGAAAGCAGAGAUGUUGCAGAAACAACAAAAGCAGCAGACACAGCAGCAAUCAGGCUCAGGUCUGAUUUUACAACAGUACAGCACAACCACCUAUCAAGAGUCAGACAUUAGAAAUAGACAAGAUAUUGAGGAUGAAUAUGAUUAUCCUGAUCAAGAUGAUCUCCACUAUGAGAAUGAGGAGACAGUAGAUAUCAAUGAAGAGAUCCGACAGACCUCACAAAACAUUUCAAAACAGCUUGAUGACCAAAUGGAGAUGGAUGUGUCCUAUUCAGAAAAGCAGUUAUUAGAUACAGGCUCAGCCUUUGCUAAGUUACUGGAACAAAGCAACGCUUUACUGACUCCUGGCACAAGUCCCACCCAGCUCUCAGCACCAGUAUCAUUUGCUGAAACUGGGACAGGAGGACGGAUACCUGAUGUCAGAGUAACACAACAUUUUUCAAAAGAUGGGUCCAAAGAUAGACUUAGAAAUCAAACUGGUAAAAAUGGUAUUACACCAACAGUUGCUGCCACAACUAUUGCUGCUUAUGGAGUGUAUGCCAGGGAUACUGUCACUGUCUCUCAUACUAGUGCCAGUCAAACAGUGUCCACCACACAACCCAACUUAAAAGAUUGGCAAACUACCACAACCACCGCUGGUGUUUCAAAUGUGUCUCAUAAAAUAGCUGCAAUCACUCAAGCUUACAACCAAAGAGAAAGUGCUGCAAGGAAAAUGGCAAUCAGCAAAGGAGUCCAAAUGAGGGAUAAUUCAACAUCAUCAGAAACUAUAAUUGAAUCUGGCCCAAGUUCAGUUAGGUGUUAUACUUACCAUGAAAGGAGUCCACCUCUUUCUCCCACUUCAUCUCCUCUUCAUAGUCCAACAAGAUCUCUGUCUAGGAGAACAGCUGACCUUUCAACUCAAACGUUUAGCCCUUCAAUGUUAGCUUCUUCAGGGAAUGCUUCUCACACCACUUUGGUUAUGGCACAGGGUACUCAGACUUCACAUGGGGCUGUUUCACCCAGCCUUUUCAGACAGCAGUCUUCUCAAGAUACCUAUUUUAUUGUUAGAACAGAGGAGCUUGAGCCCACUAGUCCACCAAAGUCAGUUACAGUUAACACAGCAACAUCUCCUCUGUCUUCACCAACAAGAUUUAGCCGCCAAUCAACAUUUGAUGCCUACUCACCUCCUGUCAGCCCUCCUGAUACUCCACCACAUCAAUUAUCACCCCAACAUGGUUUCUACAAAAACUAUGGAGCUGAAAAAAUUAAUGUCGGAACUAGCAUUGUCACCACUGCUAGCAUGUAUACACGUGGAUCACUGUCAAUGGAAAACAUAUCACUUUGUCGGAUUUCGACAGUUCCUGGUACUUCAAGAAUUGAGCAAGGACAAAGGUUACAGAGUGGAAGUGUAGUAGAUCUACGAACUGGAAUAAAGCCAACACCAAUUAUUAUGACUGACCAAGGAAUGGACUUGACUUCCUUAGCCACAGAAUCUCGAAAAUAUUCUGGGUCUGUUGAAGGAAGCCCCAUUCGUCAAUCCACAACUAUUCAGCCCUUAAUAAUGAACCUGAAUACGCAGGAGCAGCUGCAUGUUGUGACAUCAACAGCAACAACUGUCAGUGUUACUGUAGCUGCAUCUAUGUUCAUUUCCCAGCCUAAGCACCCUGUGCUGUAUUGUGAUCCUCUUGAAAACAGAUUUGAUUUGGGCAAAGAUAUGGGAACAGUAGUUUGCCUGGCACCAAAUAAGCCACCACCAGUUGAUCCAUCCAUACCAAAGAUCGAUGCUAAGCUGGAAGACCUGAGUAUCCAGCAGCAGCAGUUACUUAAACAGCAGCAGAAGCUUCAAGAUCAACAACAACUUCUUGAGCAGCAGCUUCAACAACAUCAUCAGCUUCAACAACAACAAGCUGCCUCUUUUGCAAAGUUGAACUUGUCUAGCCAACUACCUCUAUUCAAAAAGGAUAUGCUUGUCACUCAAAAAAGCACUGCCACUGAGGUCAAUGUCAUCUCGCCGGGUAUGACAUCUGAGGUUUAUAGUGUUGGAGGUCCACUUGAGUUAAGGGGAAAGCAAGCAGAGACAAGUAUCAUUAAUCUAACAAAUGUCAAGCCUCAUGGGAUGAUGGUCCAGAUAGAUGGCACUGCACAAGGAGCCACUAUAACACAACUAAUCAAACCAGAGGAAGGCCAGGAUGCAAUGAAUUUAACAGGGCAAAUAAAAUCAGAAAAUCAAGUAACUUGUUGUGAUAUGGUAUAUAACUUGCCAUUUGGCGGCAGCUGUGUGGGUGGUCCAUUCUCCCAGAAACCAGUCACAGAUGAGACUUCUAAGCCAUCAUCAAGAGCACCUUCCUCACUACCACAGCUCUAUCAACAACAUGGUUUACGGCAAGAUGGGCAGACAUACCAAGAUUACACAAUUAAAUCAUACACAUUGCCUCUCCCUGGACGACUACAACCAUCAAUGUCUGAAACAAACCUUGCAGAGACAGGGUUGUCAUCAUAUUCAGCGAAGCUUGAUCCCCAAUUUCAUGCCUCUGGGGAAUUAUUCACAGACACAGUAAAGGAUGGCUAUGAUGGAGGGUACCUUGGAAUCGGGCUUCAGUAUGGCUCCUACACAGAUCUUCGUCAGGGUGAUGUUGCAGAUCUUCCAAUUAGAAGGUACAGCUCCCUGACCAACAUCAGCUCAGAUUAUGGAUAUUUCUCAGGUGAUUUUGCAGAAUCUAAUCUUGCCCAAUACAGUGCUACAACUGCCAGAGAGAUAAGUCGCAUGUGUGCAGCCCUUAACUCCAUAGAUAGAUAUAGUAGUAACCCUGACAUACUACAGCUGGGCACCGGAAGAAGUAGUGGUCCACCUAGUAGAAUUAGUCUGCCCCAAAGUCACAGACCUGGUUUCAAGUACAGCCCAGAUGGAAAGCCUCUUUCCCACAGUCAAGCGCUAACUGAUCUAAUCAAUGCAAGACAAGCCAGUCUUCGAGCUAUGUAUCCAUCAGCUAUUAGAUCAGCUGACGGCAUGAUCUAUUCAACUAUAAACACACCAAUUGCAUCAACAGUUCCAAUAACUACCCAACCUGCACCUGUGCUACGGCCUUUAUUAAGCGGGGUAUAUAGACCUUAUCCUACACCAAAUAUGACACCAAUACCCCUGGCAAGCCUAACUAGACUGCCACUAGAUCGAAGGACUGGGCAGGCACCUUUCCAAUGUUCUACACCUAAUCCUCUCCCUGUUACAACAUCUACAAAAGUUUCUGAGUCUCUAGCUAUCACAACAGUUCAAGAUGCCCCAUUGUACCUUGGUAAGUCUCCAGUAAGCCUAACAGUAGCUGGAACAGUAACACAACCAAUUCAGCCUUCUUCUGUACCUGCUGGUCCUAUCACAUCAGCACCUAUUUCAACACCAAUGGCCAUGGCAAUGAGCCAACCUUAUAUCCAGUUGCAACCAAUAAAUCUAUCUCAGCCCCACCUUCAGGCCAAGUCCACUGCCCAGCCUCCUAUACAACACCAACUACCAGUGCAAGGUCAUCCUAUUGCUUCCAAAACACAGCCACCCCCAUCAUCUCAAGGAGGUAGAACCACUGCUGCUGCUAUCAGAAGUAUUGCUCCAAACCAAGAAAAAGGAACAGAGGAAAGACUGCAUCAACAGCAGGAAGAGCUUUUGCAGCUUGAGAGAGAAAGAGUAGAACUGGAAAAAUUGCGACAGCUAAGGCUUCAGGAGGAGCUUGAGCGGGAGCGUGCAGAACUGCAGAGGAAUAGAGAAAAAGAGCAGAUGCUAGUGCAGCGAGAAAUUCAGGAAUUGCAGACUAUAAAGCAUCAAGUUUUGCAGCAACAACAAGCUGAGAGAGAAAGCCAGUUGGUCCUACAGAGAGAGCAAUUAGCUCAACAAAAACAGCAGCUUGAGCAGAUACAAUCUUUGCAACAACAGUUACAGCAGCAGCUUGAAGAACAAAAGAGACAAAAGACUGCCACACCUAUUGCUGCAGCCAGUGCAAAUACUCAAAUCCUCAGUGAUCAAUCUGGCAGAAUAUUUCAGCCACAGGAAUUGGCCACUGAUAUGUUGUAUAGUGAUGUUCAGGUUUAUUUAAGACCACUACCAAAUUCUACAUCAGAGAUAUGCUUGAGAAAUAGUGAAAAUCAGACAGAAAUCAGGUCCAUGCGUAAACAAAGAUCAAUGCCUCGACUGCAAGAUGGAAAUGAUGGAGAAGUGGCAAUGUUUUCCUUGCCCCAAAGGCUUGUAGACUGCAGUGUGCAAACUGAUGAUGAAGAUGGAGAGGAGAGGUACCUGGUAUCAAGAAGACGACGGACUAGGCGCAGUGUGGACUGCAGUGUUCAGACAGAUGAUGAUGAAGACAAGGCAGAGUGGGAGCAGCCAGUUAGACGUAGACGUUCCCGUUACACAAGACAUUCUGGUGAAUCUGGUGUAGACCAUAAAUCUGAAGCACCUCCUUUUACCACUUCAGCUGCUAAGACAGCAUCUUCCAGCAUUGCCAUCCAGACAAUUCGAGACUGUUCUUGCCAAACUGAGACAGAGCAGCUGGUUAGAGUAUCUCCAAGCAUACAUGUCACCAUGCCAGACCCCAGCAAGGUUGAAAUUGUCCACUAUAUUUCUGGUCCUGAGAGAACACAGAAUGGUCAAAGCUUAGCUUGCCAAACUGACCCCGAGACACAGUCUCAAAGCAUAGUUAUUCCACAGAUUAGCAUUGCUACCACUGUCAGUCCCACAAGUGUCCAGUUAGUUGGUUCUGCAGAUCCACUCUCUCCAGGUCAACAGAGUGCUGUGAAGUUUGGGAGGCGGAGACCUGAUCCUUUGGAGUUUGGCUACCAGCAGCAUCACCUGCAUAAUGAGUCUUUGUCCAGCUUGAUCCGGCAACAACCUAAAUCUCCACAGGUGCUGUAUUCUCCUGUUUCUCCUCUUUCUUCUCCACAACGCAUCAUAGAAACAUCAUUCUCUUCUAGUGAGAGGCUGAAUAAAGCACAUGUCAACCCGCAGCAGAAGUCCUGUAUUGCUGAGACAUCACAGAGACAUCAGGCCCUUCCCCGCCCAAUGAAGAAUAUUCAGAGAUCUAUGUCAGACCCUAAGCCUCUCAGCCCAACUACAGAUGAAAAUACCAAGGCUAGGAUUUCACUUUAUCAACAGCAAGUCCUUCAGAGUCAGCUGGCAGCCCUGCAGCAGAGCUCCCUGCUAAGGAAGGUGAAGAGGACCUUGCCCAGCCCCCCACCAGAGGAGACUCAUCUGCCUAUGGUCACCCCUAACCUAUCCCACAUGCUUGUGCCCUCUCUGCCCUCUCUGAAAGGGGGUUCUCGUUUAGCUGCAAAGGCUAGUCUACUUAAGGACUUGACCCAUGAGCUGAAGGCUGUUGAACAGGAAUCUACAAAGCUACGUAAGCAGCAGGCUGAGUUGGAGGAGGAAGAAAAGGAAAUUGAUGCCAAGCUUAGAUACCUGGAGUUGGGCAUCACACAGCGAAAAGAAACAUUGGCAAAGGAAAGAGACAGGAGGGAGCUAGCAUACCUGCGCUGCAUGGGUGAUUCGCGAGAUUAUAUGUCAGACUCUGAACUCAACAAUCUUCGCCUGACAGCUGGGGCCACAUCCUUUGACAGCAAUGGGCUAAUGACAAGACCUAGCACGGCACCACUCAGCCAGUUUACCUGUGAGCUAAAUACUGCUGCCCAGUUUCCCCCCACAUCAUCUUUUGUGUCGUACCAGUACCCCCAAAGUCUCCAAACGGCACCUACCCCACAGGCCUCUACACUGCAGAGCACAGGUUUCAACCAACCUCCCUAUCCAUCAGUAACCCAAGCUCAAGCUCUCCCCCAACCCACCCCCUUGCAGACUUAUCCAACCCUAUCUUAUCAUGUCCAAGGGCCAUUUCCUUCCCAAGCCUUCCCACAGAACCAGCCUCCAUAUCCAGCAGACACUUCAGUGCCACCUCCAGCACAGCCAAGCCAACCAGGGUUUCAGCCUACCCUACCACCUACUGGUCCAGUCCCUUAUCCAACCCACAGUACACCAUACCCAAGCCAGGCACCCCCCUAUCCGGUCAGUCAAGCGAACACUUAUCAGCCACAGACAGACACUCUCACUUUUCACCAAAAGCCACGACAGACAUCGCUUGCUGACCUUGAACACAAGAUGCCCAUAAAUUAUGAGGUUAUAAGCAAUCCUACAGUUGUAGUAACAACCACUGCCCAAGAUAUCACUUACAGCCAGUCUGGUUUGGGUCCAUCUUAUGGCCAAUACAGUACAACUAUGGCAAGCACUUAUGGCCCCUACUCCUCAUCUGUAUCAAAUACAUAUGGUGGGUCUUUAACAACCUCUGCAGCCUCGGGUUAUGGGCCAUACACAACAAACUCAUCCAGUAGUUAUGGGCAGUACACAACAACUAUUGCAAAUACUUAUGGAUAUACAGUAACUACAGCUAGUUCCUAUGGGCAAUAUAAUACCAUUGUUACAAAUACAUAUGGGCAGACAACACUAUCUGACCAUACACACUCAAUGGAGAGCCCCUCUAUGUACACCAGUGAAGGCCUAUACGGAUCAUCCAGCCUCGAGCAGAAUGUCCCAAGGAACUAUGUCAUGAUUGAUGACAUAUGUGAACUCACCAAGGAAGGCAUGGGCACUAGUUUAGACUCACAUCGCAAUGAGGGUCAUGGACUAUAUGGGAGUGACGGACUUCACACUCGAGGGGGGAGCACCUUUGGCAGACCAGAGGAUGAACGUGAUGCAGAUCUGUACGACCAGCAUCAUGGCAGGGGUAAGAGCACCUGCAACUACCAAGCACAAGGGGCACAUACGCAUGGCCGGGUAGUGGGAAGUAGUAGCAUGGGUGGGGGAUCAUCAUAUUACUAUGAUGACUGCAGUCACUCAACACCUACAUGGGCAGCCCAGAGGCACUCCUCAAAGAACCAGUGCCCUUCAGCCGUCAUGUCCUCCAGGAGGAGCAAACAUCGUAAACAAGGCAUUGAGCAGAAGAUAUCCAAGUUUUCCCCAAUUGAGGAGGCUCAUGAUGUGGAGGCUGAUCUGGCCUCUUACACCAUGAGCACCUCUACAACCAGUGGUUAUGACUCAGGUUCCCAUUACGAUAAACUUCAGGAUGGCAUCUAUGGGCUACGGAGUACUUACAGUCCACAACGGGGCUACUAUAAUGAUGAACAUCUCUAUGGCUACGGCAGGUCCCGUUCAGCUGGUUAUGGAAUGGACAAAAUCUCUCCCUGCGAGAGGGCCUACAGAAGCAGGUCAUAUGAACGGGACCGUAUAGACCGGUCAUACCACAGCAACUAUGGCCACAGUGUGCGCCCUGCUUUGCAUUCUCAAAAUUCAGAAAAGGAGAACUCCCACCUCAUGACAAAGCUCAUGAGUGUUGGGAGGGCUUUCGGCUAUCCAUCAAAUUCAUAUGGUUCAAGUCACUCUCUACCUGAUGUGCAGGACCAUAUUCGAGACCUGCCCCGGACCCAUGUCUACAAACCAGAUGAUAUGUAUAUAAUUGACGAUAUGCAUUGUGCUGUUUCUGACAGCGAAGUGUGCAAUCCUCUUUCGCCAUCAGACAUGGAGAUUGAUUGUGAUCUGCUUUUGGUUUCCAAAGCAUACCAUCUUGGUCAAGAGGAGACAGACUGGUUUGAGAAGCCUCGUGAUGUUCGUGGUUCCCGUCACUAUGGCAGCAGUGGUCAUUCUGGGAGGCGAGGCCAUGUCAAGCACACAUACCAUGAUUAUGAUGAGCCACCAGAAGAUCUUUGGCCACAAGAUGAUUAUGGUCACACCAGCCAGAUUUCCUCUAGAGAGCACCGCCAUCACAGCAGUGGAAGUUCCGGUAGGCACUCCUCACGCCACUCAGAUGAGCCUCGUUCCUCUCGAUCAUCACGUUCCUCAAAGGAUCCAUCUAUGCGACAUGACUCCCGCUCCUUGUCAUCUUCAGGGAGGAGGGGAGAAUCUCGUUCUCAGGGCUACCACUCAUCAGAUUAUUCCCGUGACACCUCAGGCCACCACCAUAGCUCCCGUUCUGGAAAACAAUCCUCCCACCAUCAAGGGUCCUCCAGCAGGAAGCAACAGGACCACCCCUCAUCAUCCAGACAGCCAGGAUCUCUUGGGCCUGGACAGAAGGGUCCAAGUGGACCUUCAAGCUCAAGCAGGCAAGCUGUCUCUCAGCCACCUGUUGAUGGGCAGCAAGGUCAGCGAACACAGCUUCAGCAGCAGGCACAGAUAUCAGCUGCCAGGCCAGGCUCUCAGACAUCUGCCACAGGCACAACACAACCACAGUUAGUACAAGCCCAGCAACUGCAAGCUAAACCAGGCCAGACUGGUCCAAGUUCUCGACAACCCACCUCAGCAGCACAGACUUCCCCAGCUGUAACUAAACCAGAGCCCACCCCUGCCAUUGCUAUUGGAGCAAAAGCAGUCCCCAGCCAACCUGCCAAAACAGCCCAACCUCCACUUACUGGAAUAGGCUCCAAAGCAGCUCCAAGGCCUGGUGGAAUUGGCAGUGCAGCUGCAGGUCAGCCGGGUGUAGACGGAGAGAGCAUGCUGACUAAAAUUUUGCCUGGAGGAGCUGCAGAGCAAGCUGGCAAAUUAGGAGAAGCCAUCUCUGGAUUUGGCAAAAAGUUCACCUCCUUGUGGUGAGGUAGUACAAUUAAAGGGCGUCUAAAAUGACAGAUGAUGUUUUUGCACUGGAAAAACCUAUGAAGUUUCCCUAUUAUGUUUUAAUUUAAAGAGAAGACAACUCAUGAAAGAAAGUGAGAGGGAGAGAAGCUGUCUGGUUGUUCUGCCAACCAGGACUGGAAUCACAGGACUUUAGGUCUGGGUCAUAAAUCAAAGGCGACAACACUGUUCGCUCUGAAAGCCAGACAAUUAUUUGGGAAUUCUGUGUCUGUGUUCUAACCGAACAGCAUGGCCAAAGAUAUUAACAGCCAACUUUGAGCAUGACAGCUCCAAACAACCUGCUCCUCCUGGCCUACAGAACACAGUACAUGAAGGCAGCGGAGAGCGAUGACUCCAGUCGCACAAUAUCAACAAACUCAACAGGUCAAUCAGUGUAACUUGAUAAUGCCUACAGUAAAUCUUGAAACCUGUGUGUGCAUUACUCUGAAAACAAGCUGACAUGUUCUCAUUAGAGCAGCACAGCGAGUGACUUACGGAGAAGUGUGAUUCCGUGUUUCUCUUGUUACUUGGGAAAUACUUUUCACUCCCCUCUCAGGAACGGAAGAAAUAGCAAUGUUAGGACACUUAGAAAAACUUCAUAGGUUUUUCCUAAAAGAAGAAAAAAAAAGGAAAAUCAUGAACGUGGUAACUAUAACACACAUCUCUAUGCUAAGUCCUUUAACUCAACAUUCCAGAAUGAAAAAAAAAAAUCCUGUUUGUUUGUUUUUGUCUUUUUUCUUCAUUCUCUUGCUAUGUGCUCUAAAAGUGUAAAGUGGACAAGGAAUGCAUGUAAUCCAAGACCUUACACUGUUCACAAUAUCAAUGAGAGAUUGACAAAGAGGAUUUGUGCAUUUAUACUCCAGCAGAGAGAAUAUGAAGAAGAGGACGAAAGAAAUUCUAGAACAAGCCCAAACAUAAGACUCAGAUCAUCACAUAAGACAUCACUUGGAAAACAAUGUCAGGUUCUGACCAAUCAGGUCUUUUUUUAUUCAUUGUCCUUUCCAAAGUAUUAAGAAAUUGCCCUCAGGCUGCAGAUGGGGUGUUUUUACAACCAUUGCACAGCACUGGCGAGUUGAAAUCUUGUGCAUUAUCUUUUUGUUUUGUUGUUCUAUUGUCGCCUUGCUAUGUUUGUAGAGUGUUUAACAUAUUUUUCUAUUCAUGGUAUUUAUUUAU